AUGGCGCGCGUAGCAGAAAAUGCGGCGCCGGGUGCUGGGCGUUGCACGCCGCGCUGGCAGCCCACGCUGUACCGCGAGUCGUCCAAAGCACCUAUACCCGAUACACACGAGACCGAAGAAAUAGCCGCGCUUGCCGUGGGGAUUGCUGCAGGCUACGAAGGCCGCCGCAUGCGGCGGUACAUGCACCGACGCAUUGUCGACUACUGGGGCACGAUCCCUCAGUGGGAGAUGGAGCGCGCGCAGCGGAGCACAGUGCGCAAUGAAGUGUUUUUGCGCCCGAGUCCCCACCAAGUAGUGCGGAUGCUGCCGCCGUAUGCGUACGGCGAGUCGAGUUCCUCUGUGGCGAGCGUCCUCGCGCACACUUCUACGAACAAGAUACGCUGUCCCAUCAAUGUCGUGCGCUGGAUGCCUGAUGGGCGGCGCCUGCUUACGGGCUCGACCAGCGGCGAGUUUACACUUUGGAACGGGCUCACGUUUAAUUUCGAAACGAUUCUCCAAGCGCACGACUCGGCCGUGCGCGCCAUGGAAUGGUCGCAUUCCGGCUCUUGGCUUGUUUCUUGCGACCAGAAUGGCCAGAUCAAAUACUUUCAGAGCAAUAUGAACAAUGUACAGGCGUUCACGGGCCACCGCGACGCGAUUCGCGGCCUGAGCUUCUCCCCCGACGACCAGCAUUUUGUCACGGCGAGCGACGACAGCGCGCUCAAGAUAUGGAGCUUUGAUGAGGCGCAGGAGGAAGGGACGCUAAAAGGUCAUGGGUGGGAAGUCAAAUGUGUUGACUGGCACCCCACCCAGUCUUUGCUUGUGUCUGGCAGCAAGGACAACCUUGUCAAGUUUUGGGAUCCACGUACGGGCACGGAGCUUGGGACGCUGCACGGACACAAGAACACGGUGCAGACAUGCCAAUGGAGUCCGGACGGGAAUCUUGUCGCCACUGGCUCGCGCGAUCAGUCGAUUCGCUUGUACGACGUGCGUGCGAUGAAGGAACUGUACACGCUGAAAGGUCACGGCAAGGAGGUGUGCAGUGUGGACUGGCAUCCCGUGCACCACGACUUAUUUGUGUCCGGUGGAUCGGAAGGUGCGAUGCUGUAUUGGUCUCUGCGCUCGACGACGCCCGAGUCGCCGCUGCUCACGAUGGAGACGGCGCACGAAUCGAAUGUGUGGAGCUUGCAGUGGCAUCCACUGGGCCACUUGAUUGCGAGCGGUAGCAACGACCAUACAACGCGGUUUUGGUCGCGCUCGCGUCCAGGCGAGAAGGCCGAAGAAAAAGACACGGCGGAGAAUGAAGAGCAUCGAUGGCAGACGAGCGAUGCAUGGGGCGACGACGUGAUUCCCGGAUUGGCUGGUCGAGACGAUGCAAACCGCGCUGUAUUUUCCGCACCCAUGCACGACGAGACGAUCCCUGGUCUUGGCAGCGCGCAUGCGCCUGCGGCCGAGCAACGACAGCGCGCGCGGCCCGCCGAUCGCUGGCGCUCGAACGACGGCUGGUAUUAG